CUGUAUCUCUCCACACAUAUAUCAUCACCCCAUUCACUCCUACCCUCAAUCAUGUCCACAUCUACACUUGGUUUCGGAAACAGCCACGGAGGAAUGUUCCCCAAUGCAAUUGCCUGCCCUAUCUUUCUCUUCCCCAGUCCAUAUUCUACCACCUUUUGCCCGAUAGUCCACCCGUACAGUACGCCCUCUGCUUACACACUACUCGCUCCCAGCAUUCCCCAGUUGCCGUGACUGCAGGAUGUCCUUCUGAACUCCCUUUCGAUCUUUCCCAGUACACUAAUGCAAGUUCGUCCCGCCUUAUCCUCAGUGGUAGUUCCCCACUAUCCACCUGCAAUGCCUCAACAGGUGUCUUCCUGAAGGCACCCACACACAAUCUCAGGGCCCUUGACUGUAUCCUAUUCAGGCACUGUAGUAUCGUUUUGUCUCCCGAUCCAUAUACAAAGCAUCCAUAAUUCAAAUAUGACCUGAUCAAUGCCUGGUACAUAUACAACAGUGUAUGUCUAUCUGACUCCCAAUCCUAUCCUGCCACUGCCCUCAUGAGGUUCAGCACCUUCCUACACUUAAUUUCAAUAUGCUCAAUAUGUCUCUUCCACGUAAGCCCCUCAUUAAACCACAUACCUAAAUACUUAAACUCAGACACCCUACUUAUAUCCUGACCAUAUAUUUGCAGCCUAACAUCUUAAACCUUCCUCCUAGAAUACACCAUAAACCCCCAUGUAAGAGACCAAUAUUCCACAACUCCCACAGCUUCAUGCAUCUUCCUCAUCACAUAUUUCACAUUCCCACCUCUCUUCCAUACAGCCCCAUCAUCGGCAUACAAGGCCACAACCACUCCCUGUCCCACCUCCUUAAAUAUGUCAUUUAUCAUCAGGGUGAACGACACCGGACUAAACACACUUCCCUGAGGAGAAACCAUUGUCCACCCUCUGUCGUAUGACUCUGAAAAACACCAAAAGAAAGAUGCCCAGGGUCCCUGCUCAGCUGUGUGAACUUGCCUAAGGCAUGCUGCAAGGAGGCAUGAGGACUGCAGAUGUGGCCAGGGCAAUAUAUUGUAAUGUCCGUACUGUAAGACGCCUAAGACAGCGCUACAGGGAAACAGGACGGACAGCUGAUCGUCCUCGCAGUGGCAGACCACGUGUAACAACACCUGCAUAGGAUUGGUACAUCCGAAUAUCACACCUGCGGGACAGGUACAGGAUGGCAACAACAACUGCCCGAGUUACACCAGGAACGCACAAUCCCUCCAUCAGUGCUCAGACUGUCCGCAAUAGGCUGAGAGAGGCUGGACUGAGGGCUUGUAGGCCUGUUGUAAGGCAGGUCCUCACCAGACAUCACCGGCAACGACGUUGCCUAUGGGCACAAACCCACCAUCGCUGGACCAGAAAGGACUGGCAAAAAGUGCUCUUCACUGACGAGUCACGGUUUUGUCUCACCAGGGGUGAUGGUCGGAUUCGUGUUUAUCGUCGAAGGAAUGCGCGUUACACCGAGGCCUGUACUCUGUAGCGGGAUUGAUUUGGAGGUGGAGGGUCCGUCAUAGUAUGGGGUGGUGUAUCACAGCAUCAUCGGACUGAGCUUGUUGUCAUUGCAGGCAAUCUCAAUGCUGUGCGUUACAGUGAAGACAUCCUCCUCCCUCAUGUGGUUCCCUUCCUGCAGGCUCAUCCUGACAUGACCCUCCAGCAUGACAAUGCCACCAGCCAUACUGCUCGUUCUGUGCGUGAUUUCCUGCAAGACAGGAAUGUCAGUGUUCUGCCAUGGCCAGUGAAGAGCCCGAUCUCAAUCCCAUUGUCCCAAUGUCUGGGACCUGUUGGAUCGGAGGGUGAGGGCUAGGGCCAUUCCCCCCUAGAAAUGUCCGGGAACUUGCAGGUGCCUUGGUGGAAGAGUGGGGUAACAUCUCACAGCAAGAACCGGCAAAUCUGGUGCAGUCCAUGAGGAGGAGAUGCACUGCAGUACUUAAUGCAGCUGGUGGCCACAUCAGAUAUUGACUGUUACUUUUGAUUUUGACCCCACCUUUGUUCAGGGACACAUUAUUCCAUUUCUGUUAGUCACAUGUCUGUGGAACUUGUUCAGUUUAUGUCUCAGUUGUUGAAUCUUGUUAUGUUCACACAAAUAUUUACACGUGUUAAGUUUGCUGAAAAUAAACGCAGUUGACAGUGAGAGGACGCUUCUUUUUUUGCUGAGUUUAUGUGGAUUAUCAAAAUAACUACUCAGAAACAGAGCUGACUUCCUAAAAUAAUUAAUGACAGCCUAUACUGGUAUACUCCUCAUUGAUGAAUAUGAUUAAUUUAUAUAUUAAUGAACGAUUUCUUUAAAUAGGUUAGGCUCAUCCAAUAGACACCAAUCUCUUUAGAGAGUGUAUGUAGGCUAAUCCCACAUAACUAUGUUAGCAAAACUCAGGCUGAAGCCAUAUUUUAGCAGCAUACUUUUGCAGCCUUCGAAGAUGUCUUAGCAAAAAAGCCUCGGGAGACACUUUGAAUAGCACAUAAACACGCAGCUGAGGGAUUUAACAGCCUUCCACAUCAAGGACUCUGUCUGACUGUGCGAUCCAGAUCCUGUAGCUACAAUAUCUCCCACCAUUGACCUCCCAAACAAGCAUGCCGCAUCAUUAUGAGAAUUGGUCUGGGCGGUACAGAGCAGAGUAGAGUAGAGCAGCAGAGCAGAGCGAGUGAGCCACAUCCGCCACUGGAGGGAUCUAAUCUGUGCAAUCUGACGCUCAAGGAUUUAUAGGUUUAGUCAAAAUUGCUUUUCUCCACUGUGGAGAUUAAGCACCGUGGGAUGUUUUGUUGGUCAGGCCAGAGCUGCUGCUUCUUACCCAGCCCGAAGCUGUUCUGCUGAAGACAAUGUUCCAGGACCCACGCAGAGAGGUUUUAGCCCUAGUGGGGUGUGGAAUUUGACUGGAAUUUGAGGGGUCCACAGUGGUAUGUGCACCAUGCAAGUGGAUACUGUGUUUGUGCUGUUCUGCAUCUGCCUCAUGGGGGUUGCUGGGAGAUCAGCUCAUCAAAGAGGCCAAAAGCUAGAGACCUACAAACAAAGCAGAUCCAGGAGACAAACGUCAAGAAUGGAUGGAGGAACUCAUAGCAAGUCUGAAAGACCAAUUCUAAAGCGAAGUUCAGACAUGACAAAAUCUCCCAUGACAAAAUCUGAGCAGCUCCUAAGAAUAGAUGACCAUGAUUUUACCAUGAGACCAGCAUUUGGAGGACCCCCUAUUCCAGUUGGGGUAGAUGUUCAGGUUGAAAGUCUGGACACAAUCUCUGAAGUGGAUAUGGACUUCACCAUGACCCUGUACCUGAGGCACUACUGGAAGGACGAGCGCCUGUCCUUCCCCAGCACCAAUAACCAGAGCAUGACCUUCGACAGCAGGCUGGCCAAGAAGAUCUGGGUUCCUGACAUGUUCUUCGUCCACUCCAAGAGGUCCUUCAUCCAUGACACCACCACAGACAACGUCAUGCUGAGGGUGCACCCUGACGGAAAUGUGCUCUACAGUCUAAGAAUCACAGUCACGGCCAUGUGCAACAUGGACCUGAGUCGCUUCCCUCUGGACACACAGACCUGCUCGCUGGAGAUAGAGAGCUACGCGUACACGGACGAUGACCUCAUGCUGUACUGGAAGAAAGGCAACGAGUCACUGAACACGGACGAGAGGAUAUCUUUAUCCCAGUUCCUCAUCCAGAAGUUCCACACCACUACAAAGCUGGCCUUUUAUAGCAGUACAGGCUGGUACAACCGUCUGUACAUCCACUUCACUCUACGACGCCACGUCUUCUUCUUCCUGCUCCAAACCUACUUCCCUGCCACCCUCAUGGUCAUGCUGUCCUGGGUCUCCUUCUGGAUUGACCGCAGGGCUGUCCCCGCUAGGGUCCCUUUGGGUAUGAAAGGCCCUUGCCAGAAGGACAAGAAAGUUUCUAGCUCUAGGUAUCACCACGGUGCUCACCAUGUCCACCAUCAUCACUGGAGUCAACGCCUCCAUGCCCAGAGUGUCCUACAUCAAAGCAGUAGACAUCUACCUGUGGGUCAGUUUUGUGUUUGUCUUCCUCUCGGUCAUAGAGUAUGCAGCGGUCAACUACCUCUCGACCGUGCAGGAACGGAAAGAGAGGAAGCUAAGAGAAAGGUUGCCCUGUACCUGUGGCAUUGGCAACCCGGACGACAUGACGUGCGACCCCCAGAUCUCCGGCUACACCACCAUGGACGUCAACAGCACAGCGAACUAUGGCACAGCAGGGAACUAUGGGAUGCCAGAGAACGGCGGCAGGCAGGAGAGGAUGUUGGCCCAGGUGGUUCUGGGGGAUCCCCAGCUCACGGGCCAGGUAAAGAGGCCAGGCUAUGUGAACAUUUGGAUAGACACCCACGCCAUAGACAAGUACUCACGGGUCCUAUUCCCUGGUUCCUACGCCCUGUUCAACAUCAUCUACUGGUCUAUCUACUCCUAACGCCUGACCUGUGCCACAAAUGGGGAAGGACUCUUCUACCCUAUCACACUCACAUGCUGCAGUUAGAGCACAACAUGGUCAUAUUUAUUAAGCACCAAAUGGACAGAGAACUGACUUAAACAGGGAGGGAGUGGGACUACCUGAACUUGUCGAUUUUUAGAGUGUGCCCUAAUGAAUAUGACCCAGGACUCCAUUAACAGGGAUAGUGGCCACAGAGAGAACAUGUUUUUGUCUGUUUUUCAAGACAGAGAAAGAGAUAUGGCUCAUAAAAUGCAAGGAACAUUGCCUUCUUGACCGAGCCUCUUAAAGACUUAUUUAAAUAUGUACUCUUUCCAUUCAAGAAAACAGUUAUAAGGGUUUAUCGUCAUUUCCACUGAGCCACCGGGUCAAGCAUUACAAAAUUGAGUGCAAUAUUUUUAUUUAAACAUCCACUGAAAAUGUUCAGUUACAAUAUGGUUUCUCAAACAUCAGACUAAUUAAUAUUGAUAACUGGUGCAUCGGGGUUGAAAAACUAUUUUUGAUUGCAAUGUUUUGGGAAUGUCAAAUUUUGAAAUACAAUGUUGUGAAUUAUUUCCCAUAGGUAUAGCCCCUUGUUGAUUAUACAUUUGACAUUGAGACGUUUUUUUUUUAAUUAUGGUCACGAUUAAUAUUAAAUUCUAUCUUUUUGGGAUUGUGUCAUAUUGAUUGUGACCAAUGGACAACUAAGCAACUGAAAAACAACAUUGAUAGGUUUCAGAUCUUAAGGCUUGCCCACUGGGUGAAGGGCCUUGAGAUGACGUGUAUAUAUUAGUGACUUAGCAUGACUAUGACUAGAUAGUGCCCCGGAGAGCGCUAGCCCGUUAAAGUCGAAAGCCUGAAUUUCAGGCGAUAUCUUUCAUUUUUAUUUUCGUAUUUGCCGUUCUAAAAUAUGAACACCCUAUUUGGAUGUUAUGUAUCGUUGCUUCUGAUCUUAAACACUAGUUUGUUGGUAAUAAGCAACCAUUUCACUUUGUGAUCAUUUUCACAUCAAUAGCACAACUACAUGUGACACUAAUACAUAAGAAACAAACAGGUUAGGUUUUUUGAAGCCAAAUGUACAAAUCACUUUAGACUGUUUUCUUUCCCACUAUUUUGAUACUUUUGACGUUAAUGUCUCUUCGUGUAUAUUAUUAUGUGAGAUUCACUGUACUAGUCAUUUCAGGUUUUAGAGUUUGUUCCCCUUUGAAUCCGUUUGAAUACAUAACCUCGUAGAUAACCUCAUAUGGUAGCUACAGGAUGGAUAUAUUAUUGUCUUACUAGGAGAGAUUGUGUCUCCAAAUACCCCUUAUUUUUAUAAUCAAUAUGAGAAGAAUCACUCAACACACCUAUGUAAAGCUAUGUUGUGAUCACUGUUAAACAUAUUUAAUAAAAUGUGAUGUUUUCUGAGAAAGAGGAA